AUGUCUACCAAACGAGCCUUCUAUCGUACCGGUGACGCAAUCUGCGAUGAAAUUCUUGGACUGCUCGAAAAAUUCGCCAACGAAACGCUAGCCGAACAGGAUAAGUUCCGUGUUGGUGUGUCGGGUGGCUCACUGGCGGAUAUUCUGUGUGAGGGCAUGUCAGAUCUGCGGUCGGAUUUCACCAAAUGGCAGAUAUUCUUCUGCGACGAGCGGGUGGUACCAGUGGCCGAUAAGGAAUCCACGUUUGGUGUUUUCAAACGUGAUCUGCUUGCCCACUGUGAUAACAUAUCGGAGAGUGUGUUUUUCCCAGUCAAUACAUCACUGGGCGUGAACGAAGCUGCGGCAGAAUAUGAGCAAACCAUACGGAAAACGUUCGGUUUGGAAAAGCCUGAAGAUAUUCCAUCGUUUGAUCUGCUGAUACUGGGCUUUGGACCCGAUGGACACACUGCGUCCCUGUUUCCUGGCCAUCCAUUGCUCCAGGAGAAGAAGAAAUUGAUUGCACCGAUCGAAAAUUCACCGAAACCUCCACCGAAGCGUGUCACCAUGACGCUGCCCUUGAUUAACAACGCCAAGGUGUGUCUGUUCGGUGCACAAGGCGGUGGAAAGGCGGAAAUGCUUAAGCGUAUUGUGGUAGACAGGGACCCAUCCUUGCCGGCCACACUGGUCGAUCCUCCGAAUGGGGAACUUAUCUUUGUUGCCUGUGAUGAAGCUGGCGCCCUUAUCGAGGAUGAUCCAUUCCGAAGCUCCUAAACCGGCCA